ACUGAAAUGGAAGAUGUACCUGCUAAUAAGGUCAAAUUAGCGAAAGCACCCGUUAACAGUACUUACAGAAACUAUGACGACCACACGAGAGAGGAGUUCAUUGACCGAAUGAUCGAAGGUUCCGUCAAAAGAGGAAGAAUGUCGGCAGUUGCGAGAGAGUUAGGAAUAAAGAAUAGCACUUCUAAGCGUUGGUGAGGACAUUAUUAAGAGACAGGGCGAAGUUCCGUAUAAGAAAUCUGAGAAAAAUGUUGGCAGACCUCAUACUUUUACUGAGAAACACGAAGAAUACAUUCAAGAAAUAGUGAAGAAAAAUCCAUAAUUGUGUGCUGUUGAUAUUAUUGACUCGUUGACGUCCAAGUUUGAAG